GUUCGAAGGCUUGCCUAGCCAUGUUUAACAAAUUGGAAAUUGACAAUUGGUUUUAAAAUGGGUAUCUGAGGAUGGGUUUAUAUAUGUAUGUGUGUGUGUAUAUUUUUCAAAAAGUUGAUAUGAAAUUCGUAGGUGUGUCUUAGUGUUUUCAAAAACGUUAUUUAACGCCCUAACCGGAUGGGAUUAUGUCGUCGUUAUACGUUUAUACUUGGUUUCAGUGCCUCCGAGUAAAAAUUAGUUAAUAUAUAAGUUUCUAUUAGCGAAUUUGUAAUAAAAUAUAAAGUUAAACAUGUGGAAUAUGAUGUGUGAUGUGAUGCCGACUAUAUCGGAAGACAGUAUAAGUCAGAGGGGUUCGCAAUUUUCUGGCGAAGAUGCAAAUUUCGAACAGCUUAUGGUGUCGAUGCUCGACGAAAGGGACAAAUUAAUGGACAGUUUAAGAGAAACGCAAGAUCGUUUAGGGGAAACCGAGAUUAAAUUACAGGAUACUGAAAAAGAAAGAGACUCUUUACAAAGGCAAAUAGCCGCAAAUCUUCCACAGGAAUUUGCUACUUUAACCAAAGAAUUGAAUGCAGCUAGAGAACAGCUUCUCGAAAGGGAAGAAGAAAUAGCCGAAUUAAAAGCAGAAAGAAAUAACACAAGGUUAUUAUUAGAGCAUUUAGAAUGUCUUGUAUCUAGACACGAAAGAUCUUUGAGGAUGACAGUGGUGAAACGACAGGCAGCAGCACAAUCAGGCAUUUCAAGCGAAGUAGAAGUCCUAAAAGCAUUAAAAAGUUUAUUCGAACAUCACAAAGCUUUAGAUGAAAAGGUACGGGAAAGACUGAGGGUAGCUUUAGAAAGAAACUCGACUUUAGAAGAAGAAUUAGCAGCAACCAAAGAAGAAUUACAGCAGUAUAAACAAGUUAACGUACCUGCAUCGGUCGAUAUACCAAAAGAAAACGGACAAAUCGAACCAGAUCAAACGAAUAAUAAGCAAUGUCCGAAACCUCGUCUUGCUAAUGGAGGAGUGGAAACUGAUAGUGAAACCGCUGCUAGGAUCACGGAUCUCCAAAUGGCCCUUGAACAGCAGACAGGGGAGAUCAGUAAUUGGCAGCGUCGAGUGGCGGAGAUGCAGAACCGAGUCGCUGAAUUGGAGGAAAAUUUGUCGAAGGCUCAGAAAGAUCUGUUGAAGUCUCAAGAUACCAAUUCGAAGCUUCAGAGGGAUCUUCGAGAGAAUAUGGCCCAAAAGGAGGAUCAGGAAGAGCGGAUUGCUACGUUGGAGAAGAGAUAUUUGAACGCUCAGAGGGAAUCGACGUCGUUGCACGAUCUCAACGAGAAAUUGGAGCAGGAGUUGCAACAUAAGGAAGCUCAAAUUAAAUUGCACGAAGAGAAAAUAGCGGCGAUACAGGAAAAAUUGGAAUUAUCUGAACAGAAGUUGGCUCAGUAUUCGAAAUUGCCGGAGAUUGAGGAGCAGUUGAAGCAGCGUAUGGAAGCGUUGACACAGGUGAGACCCCAGGCUCAAGAAAGACACGGAUCCGCCGAAGAUCGAAUCCAAAGAUUAGAAGCGAAUUUAGACGAGAAAAACGCCGAACUAGUACGACUAAACCAAAGACUCAAAAUGAACGAAGAACACAAUUCCCGUCUAUCGUCAACUGUGGACAAACUUCUUUCCGAAUCCAACGAUAGACUACAAGAACAUCUAAAAGAACGUAUGCACGCCUUACAAGAGAAAAACAACCUAACGCAAGAUUUGGAAAAGACCAGAAAGAUGCUGGAAGAUUUGGAUAACCAGAAAUCGGAAAUAAUGAAAGAAUUGGCGAAAUCCCGUUUGGAAAUAGACAACGUCAAAAGACAGAUGCUGCAACAAGAAAUCGCCUACAAUAUCCAACAAACGGACGCUUUAACGAGAUCCUUGUCGCCGAACGCCGUCGAUCCGAGUACGUUUUCGAGAAGCGCCAGUCAUUCCAGCUUCGAUAGUCAUUCGUUACCGCGCAGGGCUACCAAAACCAGAACCCCCAUCGACGAAGAACCGUCGAAAUUACCGUUCGGUUCUCGUUCGAUGACCGAACAAGAAUGGGAGAAAUUGCAACAGGCCCACGUUUUGGCUAACGUCCAACAAGCUUUCGACGUAUCCAGCGACGCCGAAGCCGACGACGCCGAUAGUAUAUUCAGCACGCAGGAUAUCUUAUCGCCCGGCGGUCACACCGACGCUCAAACGUUAGCGAUGAUGUUACAGUGUAACUUAAUGCUGCAGGAACAAUUGGACGCCAUUAAUAACGAGAUACGGUUGAUACAAGAAGAGAAACAGAAUACGGAAGCUCGCGCCGAGGAAUUGGAAUCGAGAGUCGGUAGCAUGGAACACGUCAAUCUCUUAACCAGAGGAAGAAGCAUGGAACGACAGAGUCCGCCGGUUAGCGGUAGAUCGACGCCCAAAUCGCACCAUUCGCCCCAGAGGGAUUAUUUACAAAAAUACCAUACGUUGCCGUUAGAGCCGAUGUCGUCCGAAUUAACAACCGACGAUUUAUUAGUCGACGGUACCAACGGCGGCGGUGCUUCACCCCUUACCGCCAGACAUUUGAGAUUAGAACGAGUAGCUCAAGCUCUAGCUCACAGUCAAGAAGAACUGAGAAGGUAUGUGUUUAGGCAAGGACAUACGCAAACACCUCCGUCACCAUUGUCGUCUCGUCAUAGCAGUCAGGAGAGUUUACACAAGAACGCCAUUUCCGGAUUAUCGAGAGAUAUGUCGACUGCGGCGGCGGUAGCGGCGGCAGCGGCGGCGCAGAAGAAGAAAGGUCUCAAGUCGUCUUUGGGACGGUUCUUUAGUAAAAAAGAAAAGGUAAAAGGUAAGGAGACCGUCGGACACGAAAUGAACCUGAACCUGAGCCAGAGCAGCAUCGGAUUACAAGACGGAGAUUACAGCGAUACGAUGAGCGUAUCCGGAAAAUUGGGACAAAAACCGGAAUUCGAUCGGAGACAAAAAAAGAAGGAUUUGGAUUAUAGACACGAAUUGUUAGCGGAAGCUAUGAAGGCAGGUACGCCAUUCGCCCUUUGGAACGGACCUACCAUAGUAGCUUGGUUGGAAUUGUGGGUGGGUAUGCCGGCUUGGUACGUGGCCGCCUGUCGGGCGAACGUUAAAUCGGGAGCCAUCAUGAGCGCUCUAAGCGAUACGGAAAUUCAAAGGGAAAUUGGAAUCAGUAAUCCGUUACAUAGGUUGAAAUUGCGUCUGGCAAUUCAAGAAAUGGUAUCUCUGACGUCACCUUCGGCGCCGAAGACGUCGAGAACGACGCUAGCGUUCGGCGACAUGAAUCACGAAUGGAUAGGAAAUUAUUGGCUUCCGGGUUUAGGACUUCCUCAAUAUAGGACAACCUUCAUGGAAUGUCUUGUCGACGCCAGAAUGUUGGAUCAUCUUACCAAGAAAGAUUUAAGGGGGCAGCUCAAAAUGGUCGACGGAUUUCAUAGGACAAGUUUACAUUACGGCAUAUCCUGUUUGAAGCGAUUAAACUUCGACAGACACGCUCUAGAAGAACGUAGAAAAAAUUGCGAAAACACUUUAUCAGACGUUCUAGUAUGGAGCAACGAACGCGUAGUAAAAUGGGUAACCUCGAUAGGUUUAAAGGAUUACGGUAACAAUUUAGAAGAAUCCGGUGUUCACGGGGCCCUAAUCGCUCUAGACGAAAGUUUCGACGCCGAUAGCAUGGCGUUAGCUCUACAAAUACCGACGCAAAAUACUCCGGCGAGGCAGACCUUGAAAAUAGAAUAUACAAAUUUAUUGCAUAUAGCUACAGAUAGGAAACCGCAAGACAUUCAAUCCUGAUUAUGUUCCUUAGAUCUAAAAUAGGAUUCAAAUAUUCGAUUCACAAGAAUUGUUCGUUAAAUUGAUAUCGCCUUGUAUAAAGAGGCGGAUAAAUGAGCUUCUCGGACGAACUGAAAAACAAAAAAAAAAUCGAAAACAAAAAAAAAUCUUGUAUCGUACCUAAAAUAACUCAUAGUAUUAUUAAUUGUACAUUAAUUGUUGUUUGUUGGGUUACCGGGACUGGAAGGCCGAUAUUGCUUAUUCUUUUCGAUAGGAUCCGGCUCGAAGGACCAAUAAUGUCGUUAUUUUCGAUUUAUUUUGUUAUUUUAAUUGCGAGAAAUAUUUUUUUGGUAGAUAUCGAAAUAAGGCAUAUUUAGUGAUAUUUUUUCGAAUAAACUGUUUCUAAAAUUAGGUUACCUCGAGGUAUUUUCGAUGUUAAAUCCACUUUGUAUAUUUUUAAUUGUCUAAAUUUACUUAAUGACGUCGUUAUGAGUAGUUUUAUGCAUUUUUUCAUAUAUUUAUCACCCCGAUAGUUCUAUAUCUUUAAAAUUGACAAAACUAUAAUCUUCCAUCCAUUUUUUUUAACUUGUAUCUUGUUUUGGAUCCUUCAAAUUAACAAAUCGACGUUAUUUUAGCUUUUUUAAUGAAUUUUAAUCACCCUGUAAGUAUUUAAUCAUCUGAAUUUAUAAUAUUACGUCCCUAUAGACAUUUUCAUGAAUUUUUUGAUAAAUUUACCGCCCUGUAUGUUCUAUAUCUUAAAAAUUCACAAAAUAACAAUCUUAUAGCAAUUUUUUAAAUCUUUGGAUGUAUGUAUCACCCUGAAUAUUAUUUUAUAGCCUUCAAAUUUACAAAUCGACAUCAUUUCGGCCUUUCCAAUAGAAUUUUUUGAAAGAUUUACCGCCCUCUAUGUUUUAUAUUAUUUCUAUCAACUAUAUGUCAUUCUUUCAGCCAUUUUGAUGAUCUUUGGAUAUAUUUAUCACCCUGUAUGUUGUUUAGUAUCCUUAAAUAUCACAAAAUGACGUUAUUUUAGUCUUUUUAACGAAUCUUAAUCACCCUGUAGGUUUUAUAUUUCGAAAAAUUUGAAAAAUAACAUUCUUCAGCCAUUUUUCUGUAUAUAACACCCUGUAUGUAGGCAUCAAAUUUACAAGACGACUUCGUUUCGGUCAUUUCUAUGAAUUUUCUUCAAUAUUUGUCACCCUGUAUGUUUUAGAUCUACUAAAUUUACAAAAAGUCAUUCUUUCGGGCACCGUUUUUAUACAUUUUUAACUAUUUAUCAUCCUGUAUGCUUUACUUCUAAUAAAUUUUCAAAAUAAUGUCCUUUAAGCCAUUUUAAGCUAUUUUAAUGUAUAAAUCACCCUGUAUAUUGUUUUAUAGACUUCAAAUUUAGAAAACAAAUUCCUUUCGGUCAUUUUCAUGCAUCUUCAUAUAUAUAUUUAUCACCCUGUAUAUAUUAUAAUUUACAAAAUUACAUCCUUUCAGCUCAUCCUUUUGAUAUUAUGAUAUUUUUCAUCACCCCGUAUAUUUUAUAUCCUGCAAAUUUACAAAAUGACAUCGUUUCGUCCAUUUUCAUGAAUCUUCAUAUAUAUUUACAUCCUGUAUGUUUUAUAUUCUUUAAAUUUUCAAAAUCCCAUCCUUUUGGGUCAUUCUUCUGAUUUAUUAAAUAUUUUUCAUCACCCUGUAUAUAUUAUGCCGUAAAAAUUUCAAAAAUAACGUCCUUUUGAGCAUUUUUAUGAAUCUUCUAACAUACUGAGCAUUUUUAUGGAUUUUUCAAUUUUUUUAUGGAUCUCCCUGUAUACAGCAAUAUCGGCCUAUAGUUAAAAAAAAAAUGAAACAUUGUUAAAUAUGGCAGCGAGACAGUCAGUAUUAUCCCAAGCGUGCCUGCACUCCCCGUUAGUGCUAUCAUUUUUUUUCUUUUUAUUUUGACUACCCUGUAUUGUAUAAAUAUGACGUUUACCAUUCGUUCGGUUUACCAUUUACCAAUAUAGUUACCGAAUUUAGGACACACGCUGUAUAUUAAUGUAUAUUAAUGUAGGUGAUGGUUAAAAUGAUUUUUCGUUUCAUCGAUAAUUUUUUCCUCUUCGGAAAUGGAAAAUUCACAAAACAAAAAAACGAAGGAGCCGAGUAAUAUUUACGGUGAAUACUUUUAUGGUAUAUUUGAACUACUAGACAUAAAACAAGGGGCGAAUACAUCUAUGGUACAUUUGAACUACUGGACAUAAAACUAGGGGUUAAUUAUUUGUGGUACAUUUGAACUACUGAACUUAUGUUCAAGAGGUUAAUGAUUUAUAACACACUGUACGGUAUGGUGGAAAAUCGUGCCCCAAUUGAACAUAUAAACAAAUUUUUCGUCCUACAAAUUUUGAAUUUUCGUUUUUUUGAUUUAAUCGACGAAAAUUUAAAAAAAAAGUGUCAAACUCCAAUUAAAUUUUUUUAAAAAACUCAUUUUUUCAGUUUCCGAAUAUAUUUUUAUAUUUAUAAUAUUUUCUAUAAAACGAUUAUUUAUAUUUUAUUAUUAUUAUUAUUUUGCAUUUAGCCCCCUCGAAACUAGUCUAAUUGUAUAUUUAUUAAAUUUGUGUAAAAUAAAUUAUGAAUAAUAAUAGUGUGUAAAUUUUAUAUACGUUUUAAUAUUUUUUAUUUUAUUUAGCGAAAUUCAAAAAAAAAAAUAAUGAAAAAUAAUGAAAUUUACAAAAACUACGUUUCAACAACACUGCAAUCUGUUGAUUUGUGUAAUGAAAAUUUCGUAGUUUUCCUAAAUAUAGGGGGAAAAUUUAUGUUUGGCAACACUGCAGUCUUCAAAUUAAUAAUCGAUUCAAUUGUUUUCCGAAAAAGAUGGAAAAUAUUUAGACAACGAAUUUGCGAACAAUUUUUUUGUUUUUUUUUUCAAAAAUUCUUUGUCCUGGCUGUAUAACUCUCCAAUCAUUCAAUUUCCCUAAAUCUAAGGAAACACUACUUUUAGCAACACUGCAAUCUAUUAAAUUAUCAUGGAAAUUCUGCAGUUUCUCACUUUUGAAAGAAAUUAUACAACGCCGCAAUCUCUGUUUAUUAAUAUAUGAAAGUCUUCACAUUUCCCUAGAUUAAAGAAUACAAACUAUGUCUGACAACAUCACAAUUUAUGUUUCUCUAUGGUAUUUCUUAUCAUUUCUCUACUUUUGAAAGAAAUUACGCAACGCCUCAAACUCUUUCUGUUUAUAAACGGAAAUUUCCCCGGAUCUGAGGAUAAAAGAAUACGUUUGGCAACGUCGCGAUCUCAAAAUUUUUUUGACUAAUGAAUUCGUUGAUUUUCCCAGUUUUAAUGGAAGAUUUUCAUGUACUGAAUUUAAACAUUGGGGGAAAAAUCUCCAUUUUGAGAUUUUUUUACAUUUUUAAUGCCGCUCGAGAUGGAAUUUUUCGUUUUAGAAUCGAUAAAUUGUAUUUUACGUUCGUUUACUAACACGCAGUAGCUUAAAAUUACCGAAAUUAUGUGUUCUAAUUCUUAAUAUAUGAUACAGUGUGCGGCCAAUAAGUAUAACAUUUCGAAACUAAAACUACCAAUCGAAAAGAAUUGAAUACUUUUUGAAUACACACUGUAUGUAUAUGCAAUGACUGUGAUAUUAACUUUACGUCAACUUCUAGCAUGUAUUAAUUGAUAUUUCAUUUUCUUGAAACGUACGUAUAUAAAUUUUUUAUUUUCGUUCGUUUGUAUAUUUUUUUGCAUGUUUAUAAAAACCAUUUGUUUGUUAUUUCUUUUUCCUGUGUGCUUCUUAUAACUUUUAUUUUAUAGACACGCUUUUAUUGUCUCUUAGAUUGAUUAUAAUAUAUUUAUUUAG